GGUUCUACGCGCAAAUAAUUGCGGUAUACCAAAGAUAGGCUGAUGCCCUGCGACCAAAUUCACGAAAAUUUGGCUUAAUUUUAGAGCUUUUUACGAUUGGACCGUAAAGUGAGAUAUGAAAAUUUGCUUUCUCAUCCAUCGGGGAUUCGAGGAAAAGGCACGCCGGCCGCGAUUGCAGCGCCGGAACGCCGCGCGGCGAACGAUUGGAGUGACAAGCCUAUCAAAAACGCUGCGCUGUUGCCACUUUUAGCAGUCUGUUUUUAUAUAUUUCUUUUGACCUUUCAAAAAUAAUUUUUUUUCAAUGGAAAAACCUACUUACUACUCUAUGUUAAUGUAUAAGUAUUGGCCAAUUACUCGUAGCGGUAGUUGAAGAGAUAAGAAAAUCUACAUUAAGCGACAGAUGCCGAAAUUAAAAUAAGAGCCAAUCCCCGCUACUUCGGCCGCAAAUAACAAACAAUAUAGACGUCGCGGAUUACGGAAAGAGAGAACGCAAUAGUUGAGCAAUUUUUUUAAAUCUCUCCACCUAUACACGUCAUCUCUCCGUCACCCUUACCCUCACCAAAUUUCUCAGUAAUAUCUUUUUUUUCACCCAGAAAUGGCUAUUGCAGAAUUCCUCCGUAAUAAAUAUAUAUAUAUGUGUGUGUGUAUGUGUUUGUACGUGUGUAUAUUGAAAAUUGGAAGCCUACUAAAUUCAUUAUUAUUAAUGUAGCGAUGCACCUUAGGAAAAGUUUUUGUAUUAUUUUAAAAAACAGCAUUCAGUUUUAGACAAAUAUGUAAGUAAAAUAUUAUGAAUCCAAGAGUGUCAAUAUGAAUAUCUCGCAACAUCCGCCAUUUUGAGGUUAUGAAAUUUACAAGCAUAUUUUCGAAAAAAUUAUGAUUCGCUGAUGCGUUAACAUGAUUAUUCAUGUAAAUAUUAUAAUAUCUAUCCAUAAAGUGGAUCACAACAAUUAUAAUGAUGAUUUUUUUAAGCUUUCGGCGUGGAAUUUAAAUCUCGCGGUCUCUCCAAUCUGCCAUUCUUAAGAUUGCCAUGUAAACGCAGCCUAAGUCUCCACGGUUGCUCACUCCAGCAUACGGCUUCGUAUAUCCCUCUACUAGACAAUUAAACAAUGACGUCGAUCAUCAAAUUACAUGCCAUAUCAGGUGCAUUAGACGAAUCACCUCCUUGUUAUAUUUUGCAAGUUGAUGAAUUACGCAUCUUAUUGGACUGCGGAUGGGAUGAAAAAUUUGAUCCAGAUUUCAUUAAGGAAUUAAAAAGACAUGUUCAUCAAAUUGAUGCUGUUCUGCUGUCUUACCCAGAUCCAUUACAUUUGGGAGCUUUACCUUAUUUGGUAGGGAAAUGUGGUCUGAGUUGUCCUAUAUAUGCAACAAUUCCAGUUUACAAAAUGGGCCAGAUGUUCAUGUAUGAUAUAUAUCAGUCUCGACACAAUAUGGAAGACUUUAAUUUAUUUACUCUCGAUGAUGUUGAUGCAGCAUUUGACAAAAUUGUGCAAUUGAAAUACAAUCAAAGUAUAUCUAUGAAAGGCAAAGGAUAUGGUGUCACAUUGACACCUUUACCAGCUGGACAUAUGAUAGGUGGUACAAUAUGGAAAAUUGUAAAAGUUGGGGAAGAAGAUAUUAUAUAUGCUGUUGACUUUAAUCACAAAAAAGAGAGACAUUUAAAUGGAUGUGAGUUGGAAAGGUUGCAGAGACCAUCUUUACUAAUCACUGACAGUUUCAAUGCAACUUAUCAACAAGCCAGGCGGCGUACAAGAGAUGAAAAAUUAAUGACAAAUAUUCUUCAAACUCUUCGUGGAGGUGGAAAUGUACUUGUAGGAGUUGACACGGCAGGCAGAGUCUUGGAAUUAGCUCACAUGUUGGACCAAUUAUGGAGAAAUAAAGAGUCUGGUUUACUUGCUUAUUCUUUAGCUCUAUUAAAUAAUGUCAGUUACAACGUCGUUGAAUUUGCAAAAUCACAAAUUGAAUGGAUGAGUGAUAAAUUGAUGAAAAGCUUUGAAGGCGCCAGAAAUAAUCCAUUUCAAUUCAAACAUUUACAAUUGUGUCACAGUAUGGCUGAAUUAAAUCAAGUUCCUAGUCCAAAGGUUGUAUUAGCUAGUACUCCAGAUAUGGAGUGUGGUUUCUCUCGCGAUCUCUUUUUGCAAUGGUGUAGUAAUCCUCAAAAUAGUAUUAUAAUAACAAGCAGAACGUCACCAGGCACACUUGCAAGAGAUCUAGUGGAAAAUGGUGGUAACAGGAAUAUAACUUUAGAGAUUAAAAAGAAGGUGAGAUUAGAAGGAGCUGAAUUAGAAGAAUAUAUGAAGAAGGAAAAAGUAAAGCAAGAACAAUUAAAACAAGAGAAAAUGGAAACCGCUGAUGUUAGUUCGGAGUCGGAAGAUGAAAUAGAAGUGGGUGGUGCUAAAGGAAAGCACGAUUUGCUAGUUAAACAAGAGCACAAGCCAGGGUUCUUCAAGCAGAGUAAAAAGCAACAUCCUAUGUUCCCUUUCGUAGAAGAAAAAAUAAAAGUCGACGAGUACGGCGAAAUAAUAAAACCUGAAGACUAUAAAAUAGCUGAAGUACUGCCAGAGGCUGAAGAUAACAAAGAAAACAUAGAAGUUAAGCAGGAAGAGCAAGUUCAGCACCCAGCUGAAACUAUGAGCGAUAUUCCAACAAAAUGUGUUCAAACAACUCGUACUAUUGCCGUUAACGCUUCCGUAACAUACAUAGACUUUGAAGGAAGAUCCGAUGGUGAAUCAUUGCAGAAAAUUCUUGCACAGUUGCGGCCUCGCAGAAUAGUUUUAGUUAGAGGUUCUCCUAAGGAUACCGAGCUUCUUGCCGCACAAGCUCGGAACGUAGGUGCUCGCGUGUUUAUACCUUCAAGAGGAGAAACUUUGGAUGCAACGACAGAAACACAUAUUUAUCAAGUACGUUUGACGGAUGCCUUGGUGAGUGGAUUGAAUUUCUCUCGUGGAAAGGGAGAUUCGGAAGUCGCUUGGGUCGAUGCUCUGAUAACAGCACGCGACCAGGUCUGCAGAGAUGUUUUUAUGGACAAUGAAAAUGAAGAUCUGAUUGACAGGACAGAAAAAAUUCUCACAUUGGAACCGCUGCCUCUCAACGAAGUUCCAGGUCAUCAAACUACCUUUAUUAAUGAAUUGAAAUUAUCAGAUUUCAAACAAAUUUUAACUAAAGCUAAUAUUCCCUCGGAGUUCAGUGGCGGUGUUUUGUGGUGUUGUAAUAAUACCAUUGCAGUGAGAAGGCACGAGGCCGGCAAAAUCAUAAUGGAGGGUUGUCUCUCUGAAGAUUACUACAGAGUGAAAGAAUUACUGUACGAACAGUAUGCGAUUGUGUAGAGAAUGACGUAUUGAGUGAGUCUGUAAAUAUAUGAAUGUUUUGUUUGACCGGCUUCUGUACAAGAUGCAAUUCGCUAGUUGUAAAUUAAUUUUUAUACUUUAUACCAUGUAAGAAAGUGCAAAGUACAAAAAAUGAGAAAAUAGAAAA